GCUGGGAAGCGUUUCCGGAGCAACACUGUCCAAUUGCUGCACCAACAACUUCCAUCAGCCCCCAACACACACACACACACACACCCAGCCACCCCCGAUCGGAUUGAACAGAGCCGAGGCUGGACCAGAGGAAUUUCCAGGCACGGGGACGUGCCCUAUUCGCCCCGAGUCAUUGCUGGGGAAGGGGGUGAAUCCGAGCGACGCAUCAAUCAUCCCCAAGUGCGGACUGUCGGGGAAUCUGCCGCUGCUCGGCUGUCAACCAGGCUUUGGGCUGGAGGUCGGGUUGCUCUCAGCGUUCGCGAGAGGUUUACCCACCCACCCACACACACACACCCACCCACACACAUCACGGGCUGGGUCUGUGGAGCCACAUCUCACCGUUCGGUGUUUUCAAUGAGCGGCUCAGAGGAGAGGAGAGGAGACACGUGUAACCGAGCGGCUGUAGGUGCAGAGGCGAAGGUUUAAUUAUGGGGAGUAGUAAGAGCAAGCUGAAAGAUCCUUCUCUGAAGCCAAAGGCUGGAGACAAUAGCAUUUCCUCCAGCACACAGAAUCUACGUUAUGGACCUGAUCCAACACAAGAAUCCCAGUCAACACCUGCAAAAGCUUCAGGUCUGGAUAAGAACAGCUCCAAUGUUACACCGUUUGGAGGAACUACAGAAUCAACACUAUUUGGGGGGGUCAUUUCAUCAAAUGCAUCUUCACCAUCACAACGAACAGGCCAACUAGCAGGUGGAGUCACCACAUUUGUGGCAUUGUAUGAUUACGAGUCCAGGACGGCGAGUGAUCUAUCCUUUAACAAAGGGGAGCGACUACAGAUUGUUAAUAAUACGGAAGGAGAUUGGUGGUUAGCUCGUUCCCUCGCUACAGGAAAUACUGGAUAUAUCCCCAGCAAUUACGUUGCACCUUCUGACUCCAUUCAGGCUGAAGAAUGGUAUUUUGGGAAGAUUACUCGAAGAGAAUCGGAGAGAAUGUUGCUAAGCCCUGAAAAUCCUCGUGGUACUUUUUUGGUCAGGGAGAGCGAGACCACAAAAGGUGCUUAUUGCCUCUCUGUGUCUGACUAUGACAAUGCAAAAGGACUGAAUGUGAAGCACUACAAAAUUCGUAAACUGGAUAAAGGCGGCUUCUACAUAACUUCACGAACACAGUUUGAAAACCUGCAGCAGCUGGUACUGCACUAUUCAAAGCAUGCUGAUGGCUUGUGUCAUCGGUUGACAACUGUUUGUCCAACCGUGAGACCACAGACCCAGGGAUUAGCUAAAGAUGCUUGGGAGAUCCCACGGGAAUCUUUGAGAUUGGAAGUGAAGCUUGGACAAGGUUGCUUUGGAGAAGUCUGGAUGGGAACUUGGAAUGGAACAACGAAAGUAGCAAUCAAGACUUUAAAACCCGGUACGAUGUCUCCCGAGGCUUUCCUGCAGGAGGCUCAGAUCAUGAAAAAGCUACGGCAUGAUAAACUGGUUCAGCUGUAUGCAGUCGUCUCUGAAGAACCAAUCUACAUUGUUACAGAGUACAUGAGCAAAGGAAGUUUAUUGGAUUUCCUUAAAGGGGAGAUGGGAAAGUACUUGAGGCUUCCACAGCUGGUUGAUAUGGCUGCUCAGAUUGCAGCUGGUAUGGCAUAUGUAGAAAGAAUGAAUUAUGUUCAUAGAGAUUUACGAGCGGCUAACAUUCUUGUGGGAGAAAGCCUCGUGUGUAAAGUUGCUGACUUUGGCUUGGCUCGACUGAUUGAAGACAAUGAAUACACAGCCCGACAAGGUGCCAAAUUCCCAAUCAAGUGGACAGCUCCUGAAGCUGCACUGUAUGGGCGUUUUACAAUAAAAUCAGACGUAUGGUCAUUUGGAAUUCUAAUGACUGAACUAGCUACAAAGGGAAGAGUGCCAUAUCCAGGAAUGGUAAAUCGGGAGGUAUUGGAUCAGGUGGAACGGGGAUAUCGAAUGCCGUGCCCGCCUGAAUGUCCCGACUCUCUUCAUGAUCUCAUGAUACAGUGUUGGAAGAAGGAGCCAGAAGAGAGGCCGACCUUCGAGUAUUUACAGUCCUUCCUAGAAGAUUAUUUUACUUCCACGGAACCUCAGUACCAGCCUGGAGAAAAUCUAUAGGCCCAGCCAAUACUUGCAACACCAUGGACAUAGUGAAUUUCUGCAUUCUGCAGCUGCACUAAGUCUAGCUGCACGCAGCCCUUAAAUCUGCUUAAUAACUGGAAUUCCUGUACACUGUGCACUAACUCAUUUCUGCAUAUUGUUCCACACAUAGUAUAGAUAAUGUUGUUGAUGAGGCACUCUAGGUAUUUAAUUUUCAUUUCACCACUUUUUGAUUUGAAAGAUUCUAACUAAAGAGGUAAUGAAAUGUUUCCAGGUGCAAGCAAAGCAAAGCCAAAACAGCAAACAAGGAAUUCUGUCUCCAUAAUUACUCUUCAGUUAUGUCUAGGGUUUAUUGACUAUCCUUUCUAUUCUUCAACAAUGGAAACAAAUCGAGAUUGAUGCAAGUUUGUCUUUCCAGAAGUAACUUUUUUCAAAAAUUCAGCUUGUAGCUUGAGAAAUCUAUUAACCGUACCUAGGAUUAACACAAACCGGAAUUAUCUCUUGUGCAUGUGGUGCUAGGUUAGUUCAUCUAGAUUCAAAUCAAACGUAUUUACAUCACUGGAAAUUGCAACUGCAUUAUGAUAUUUUGCACAUUUCCUUUUCCUUAAAUAGUGGUACAACUUGCUAAUGUUACCAUUCAAUAUUAUUUAUAUUUAAUCCAUUUUAUAUAAAUUGAGGAAAAUUAGUUCUGAACAAAUGGUGGUAAAAUCAGAAAUAUUUCAGUGUUUUGUAUCUCCCCUGAUGUGUAUAUAAUGAUUUCUUUGGAUGAGAGGAACCGAAACACUGAUAUAGCAAUAAUGUGAACAAGCAAAAGAAAAGCUUUUUUUAAGGAAAAAAACCACAUAGAUUUAGUUCAGUAGCUGAGGUAGUAAUGUUCUUUUUGGUUAAUAACAAAUGGAUUUUGCAACUGUAAGACAUGCACCGCUGUUUCACUUCUGCAGUCUUAUACUAACUCAAUCAAUUGUAUUUAGUUGUCCUCAGGACUUCCCUCUGGUGGUCAUCCUGAAUAUGAAAAACAAUCUGUUUCCCAGACAGAAUUACUGAGAUGACAUGGAUGUACAUUACCAAUACAAAAUCAAUCUUACUACAAUGUGUGACAUUUACAAAAUAUUUUAUUUGGUUUACAACUGAACAAUCCAUCUUCCAACAAUUAUUUUACUUUUUUAAAAGUGAAGUUUUUGAAAUCUUUGGACUUUGGAAUUAUGUUGUAAAUAUUCAAGCAUGCAGAAUACAGAAGUAUACAAGUGUACAGAUGUAUACAAGUAUACAGAAUUUCCACUGUCUGUACAACAUUCAUAUGGUUCAAUGUUAACCGUUUUACUUUAAACUGGUUAAUGCUGUUACAGUGGUAAAAUAAUUCCAUAUAAAUUUAUUAAUUAGUUAGCACUAAUAUUUACAGUGUGGAGUUUCAAGGAUUUUUACAUUUUAAUAUAUGUCUCCAAAAGCUCUGUGUUGCACACACUAGUCGAGUUGUUUAUUGGGUUUUAUCCCAAUAUCCUGUAGAAUGUUCUAUCACAUGUUUCAUGAAGUGGUUAUGAAUGGUUUUAUUUGUGAUUGUGAAUCUCCUGGAUGAACAACGAUAAUUUGCUUUCACGGUACUCACUGUUAUUCAAAACAGAGGUGCGGCAAAAUGCAGGGACUAUAGCCACUGAUGGUUAUGCCUUUGACUGCAUUAUAAAUACAACAAAAUAUUAUAAUGCAAUUAUGUAGAAGAGAUCAACUUUAUUGAUAUCUCUUUAAUAAAUCUCCUUUAACUCUGGUACUUGCUGUAUCAUGACAUUUAUAGUAAUAUUUUAUAGCUUUAUUACUAUUGGAUGUUAUGAUAAUCCAGAAAAACAUAUGAUAUCCCAGAGCUUCCCAUUUUCCACAGUACAAACUAUUUGAUUCCCUUAUUUUGUUUGCAUUUGUUCCUGAAUUCUUCUCCAUUUAACUCCCGUGAAGAAUAGUGUUGAGAUUUAUCCCCCCCACUCAUAAUUUUUGUUUAUCAUUGAUGAAGUUGUAGAUUAAUAUUGACACAUUGUUGACAUAAACAGAUCUUGCCUUGAACAUUGAAAUAUUGACCUUGACUACAGAUUGGGGAGUACAAGCUGCAACAGGUAAGGAGGGUGGAUUGGCUCCCUUCUUUUGAUCACCUCAUUUGCCAACAAAUAUUUAUUGUUCUGUUUAGCACAAAACUAUGUCUAUCUGUAGUAAAAAUGUCAUUGCCCAUUGUUUGUUUUAGCAGUAUGGAGCCAAGUACAGGCAUUACUUGAGUGAAAGGAAGAGCAAUUCCAUUAUCUGAUGAAUAUGAGAAAGUAAUAAAAUGCAGUGUUAAAGUAUGGAUUUACAUAGGUGGAAUGAUAAAGGUAGAUACUGCCCAGUACUGAAGGAAGAUGGAAGGCACAAAUAAUUUAAAGUCAUUACGGUGUCCUUGAAAUGUAAAAGGCUUUAACCUGAGACUGUGGUUGUUAAUUUGAUAUCUUUCAUCUUUGAUAGUGAUAGAUUUUGCAGGUCAUUUUAAGUUCUUGUUGUUUGGCUAUUUCUCCCCAGUUUGUAUUGUCACUGGACACUUUAUCCUUCAAGAGGCCAAGAGAGGGAUUUUCCUAAACCUGGUUCCAGUCAAAAAUCCAUCCCCAAUCCCCCAAAAAACAGUUCCUUGAAAUACAACCUUGUUUUGGGAUAAUUUCAACUUCAGAAAUUAUGUUUCUUUUGGUUUGCUAAUCAUUGCCAAGUUCCCAUCUCCAAUUUAUGAGAAUUCAUGAGUAGGGGUAAAUUAGAAAGCAGACAAAUGGGUUCCUUCCCACCUGACUGAGUUUCAGUGCCUUUUGACAAAAUAUUAAUUGGGGCAUGGAUGGUCUUUAUUUAUUAUAAACUUGGUUUCCUGACUUGGCAAGCCUGUGAUCAGCUGACUUCUCUGGCCAUUUCAAAUUGAUGUUCUUACUUUUUAAAAAAAACAUUUCAGUCAUCAAACAUCCCAGGUAUUGAAUCAUCUGAUGGAAUUCAGAAGUCAUAUUUUAUCACUCUCAUAACAAAGCUUUGCCUUUAACUAUUGAUUUGACUGCAGUAUUCCAUUGCUCAUUGUUUGAAGCACACAGAGACUUGGCUGAAAUGGAAAGCUGUUCUUACUGAAACUUAAGAUGCCAAACCUCUUUAUACCUGUCAUCAUAUUCAACUGAACAAUCUUGUGUGUUUAAACAUUAAAAUUGAACAUAAGCUUACAUGCAUUAAUGUGGGUUUAAGUUUGAACUGCAUACAACCACUUAAAUGAGUAAUACAUUUCCAAGGCUCUUAUUUCAUUUUCUGACUGGAGUGAACAGUAAUCAUUACAUGUGUUUACGUUUGGAAGGGCAAGAAAUUGUGUAACUGAAAAUGCUUGUUAAUAUUACCCUGUGAAUUCCUAACGAGUGUGAAUAAUCGUUUUGUGCAAACUGAAUUUGCUAUUCAACAGCAACCAACUGCAUUUGGCAAUGCCUCUUACAAUCACAGGUGUUUCUCUUGUCCUUCCUUUACUGUGAAUGCAACACAAUCUUGGGUAGGUGUACAGAAAGGGUGUGAGGAGAAGGAAUAAUAAAGUCUGCAAUGAUUAGGCUGGCACAUUCUUCCUAUGAUCUGGAAGAGAAUUCCAAAUUUGUGGGUAAAUUAAUAUAAGGACACUGGAGUCAAAACAGGGGAAUCAGUUCAGUCAGUCCUUUGUAUAUACUAUACAGUAUUAAAGAUUUUAGAUGGAUAACAUACUGUUCAAGAUUUAAAUUUUGGGCAGGGUAAACCAACAAAACAUCCGCUGAAGUGAUAACUUUAAUAAUUCUCUUCCUUUGAAUCUCUGGUUUUCUAUUGCCUAUUAUAUAUUCAAAAACCAUCUCUUUUUUUCCAUUUUAAAAUGAACGAAUCGUGUAUGUAAUGCUUUGGUUACUGUGGUACUUUUGACAUGGCGUAUACAUUCCCACAGCCUAAGCAGAGAAUAUAAUGAUUACUAGCUCUGCUUUUGUUUUGUUCUUAUUUUUUUUAUAAAAGAACUUGCAAUCUUUGCAUUUUGAAAACCUUAAUAAAACUCACAUUUGUAUGUAGUAGCGCACAUUUCUGCUGUGUAUAAAUCUCAUGUUCAGAAUGGAGUCUUUUUUGUAAUUUUGGGAAGGGCGGGGAGGAAAUUCAUUUUGCAAGUCCAUGUUCCUUUUAUUGUGCAAUUAAACAGAUAUGAUUAAA